AUGGAGAAGUUAAAGCAAGUGUUUACAGAAUUAAAAUUAUCUAAAACUACCUUGUUCGAUUUUGUAAAACAACAUUGCAAUUUAUCUCUCAAAAAAGCUCGGCUUCAACCCAUAGACCGGAAUAGCGAAGAAAAAAUCCAGGAGCGCUUGGAUUGGGUUCGUAAGUGGGACAAAACAGAUCUAGAUUUUACGAGAAACUGUGUCUUUCUUGACGAUUCUGCUUUCCACAUUAAUUUGAAACGUAGUAUGGCUUGGUCAAGGAAAGGUGCACCGGCAGUGGUCACAGUUCCCAAAACACGAGCGACAACAACAACCAUUUUGGGCGCGAUUUCUGCUGAAGGUGUAAUCAAAUGUAGCCUUAGACUUCCUCAGCCUCCAUCUAAUAAAAAGAGAAAGCGGGAAGAUGGCGUUGGGCAAAUGAGCAAAGGAACGUUGCCACUUGUGCAAAAAAGUAGAAAACGUGCCAAAGAAAGCGAAUCUUCCAGGCAAACAAAAACAAUUAAGGCAAAUGCCAUUCCGGUCAACCAUGAAUUCAUUUGUCCUUCCUGCCCGGAAACUUUUGAAUCACUUGAAGACCAAGGCAUUCAUUUAAAGAGCCACAUCAUCACCAGCGUUUUAGAUACGCCAAACGAAGGCGAUGAUUUAGCACCGACAAACUCUUUAAGUGAAUCGAUGUCAAUAAUUGAUCCACGUUUGCCUCAUUAUCCAGUUUGGAAGCCAAUUACAGUAGUAACACAAGGUCGAACAUAUGAUGAGGCUGUUUUGCACGCCUGUAACGUCUCCAAUGUAAGCGACCAAGAAAAAUGUAAAACAUUGUACGUGGUGGAUUCGCUGUCAUUGCGACCAUUUUUCCACGUGGAUGCAAACGGUUGUGAAGAAAAUGGAAUUGCCAGUCAACGCCUUGUGAAUAAGAUGUCUGGAGAGUAUCAAGCCAUUAAAUCUAUUCUGCCAUUGAAGCGGUCCUUCGAGUCCAUGAACACGAGCAUCUGCAUCAACUGUUCUCCAGAGAUUGUUCCUACCCUUACCAACAUAAUCUCAUCAUCGCCAUACAGCAAACUCCUCAUGCAGCGUCAGUAUACGGAGUUGACUCCUGACGUGUGCACAAUCAUCAACAAGGAUUGGGAUUUUUUUCCACAAAUCAAGUUCGCCACGGUCCAGAUAUUCGCAGGAGCUAUUCUAUACAACACAACAAAUGGGCAGACAAUCAUGCUUAAUACUGUCGAAGCAUACGGCCGCACCACGAAAUUGAUUGAUCCACACCGCGAGCCAUUUGGCAAGCUCAAAGGAUUCACCAAGCCGACGUCACUGCCGCCACCAGGAAAGAUCCCUUACUCAGAUAUUUGGCCAGUCUCACUGCACGCAUCGGAAGGCAGUAAAUUGGUCAUUGGAACAUUGGUGUCAAACAUCUUGGUGACUUCCAACAUGAGACUCGACGCUGUUAGCAAGCCAUCGAUCGGUGCCGUCACCCUCAACUUCAAAUUGGACAAAAAAGACGCCCUUGCAACUAAGAUCUUCUUGGAUCACGAUAAUCUCCAAGUUGCUUUAUCCAUAGCCACGGAUCCGGCAGUCACACGAAUAUCAGAUACCAACAUUGUGUAUCAACUUCGCCAAAUUCGUAGUAAAUUCGAUGCAGACAAUGCAUACUCUCUUUGCCGUGCAUCAGACUAUGACCGUGGAACCUCGCCUUUAUCAUCACUAUUUCGGCAUAUGGCAACGAUUGUGCUGCGACUCGGAGUACGCGCUACUCUGGGAAAGGCAACAGUUGAAUCUUGCUUGGGUCAAGGGAAUCUUGACACCCAAAAUGCGUUUACGGUCAUCAUUGCUUUGUAUGGAGAAAGCGAUGAGAUUCCCAUCCUCGGCAAUAGCGAAUUGAGCAAGAGACUCGAGAUUCUAGCCAACUCGUUGGCGCCGUCACUGGUUGCCACGAAUGACUACGUGGCAAAGGAAAUUGCGCUGGCCUUCCAGUUCUAUAAUUAACAUGAAUCUGUAUCUUCGUAUAGCAUAUCCCUUCCUGAAUUCACCCAAUGAGCAUUCUGCAAGUGCCCAAUCUCUCUUCUCCCAAUUCUAAUGCAUUUUUUGCCGUUAUUUUUUUAUUCAAUCACUUCCUCCAAUACUUUGCGGAACUCAUCUCAUGCCUAUCUCCUUUAGCUGGGCAUUUAUAAAUACCCUUCUUCCCAUACUCAUGUUUUCCCAAUUACUUUUAUCCGGUCACAGCAACCAGGUUUAUCUUCAAUAAAAAAAUGCUCGUUUUGCG